CCCCAAACCGCUUCCCGAGGCAACUCCACUACCAUGGCUGAGCGCCGGAAGCGCCAGCAUCCCCAGGGGCCCGCAGCGCAACGUCGGGAGAAACGCCGUCGAGGAGCUAUCGACGAGGAACGGGAGCCCAUCUACGAGCCCAAGCGGCUUCCGUGGGCCCAACACGACGAGGCGGACCUCGAUAAACGGCAAGGCUGGCGGCGGUCGUACUGCAUGGAGAAGUCCAGCUUCCGCAAGCUUGUCGAGCUACUCCGCCCUUCGCUGGCAGUCAACGCCUUCUUCGGCGCACUUAUUCUACAGCAGUAGGGACAGCAGUGUCUGCAUAUGCAUACAGCAGGAGUCGUUGUAUGGGAACGACAGGAAGAUACUACUAUGGUGGCGCUGAAAUAAGUUCAGCAGUAUAAAUAGAGCGUGCAACACGCCGGCACCACUACACGUUAUACAUGCCUCGUCGGGAGCCAACACAGGUUGUCGUAUCCCUCAAUGAUAGCAUACAAGAGUCGACACGUGCUCCUUAAAUGCAUAUGCGAGGUUAGUUGUGUGUUCCGUGAAGAACACAGAGCCGUCUCACAGCCCUAGUCGGGAAGUGUAUUGGGCCGGUACUCUGGCGAGUUUGACGAUGACAUACGUCCUUUGACGCUGGCGAUUGCAAACACACCCCCUAUGACACUGGUACAUAUUUCCUGGACGACACACGCUCGCUCAUCCUUCGAACAUUAUCUGCGCGUCGCUCCGAAACCCCACAGCACUGCGAUCGCCAAUCAACGGCACCAUAGCUGUAGAAGUCCGCGUUGCCGUGGCGUUGAGGAUCCUGGCUGGCGCUAGUUACUGGCAUGUUGCCCCCAUGUUUGGCUUGUCGGUGAUCGACGCCAUCAACAAGACGCCUGCGGUUGGUGCAUUCGACUUCCCCCUGACCGAGGAAGGCUGCACGCGAAAUGCCAACAGAUUCAAGGUGAGGCCUAACGGUGGUCAUUACUGCUGCUGUGGGUUGAUCUUGGCGGCAUUCUCUUGACCAGCCGCGGGAUGUCGUUUUUUUUUAAUUACGUCUGGCGUUUCCAGCCGUUUUAGUGUAGGGAGGCCUAUAUACAGCCUUCGACGGUAACGCAGGAAAAAAAAUGUCGUUCCCGGCGGAUACAAGUUCGGAUUGGUCAGCAUGCCUUUAAUCGAAAAACAACCCCCGGGUCCCGGGUGGUUCGCCAGCUGUUGGUCUUUGUACAAAUGGCCUUUUCACAAAUAAAUGUUUUUUUUUGUGUCAUCAUUAGUGUAUGCUGGCCGUGUUGGUUCCGCCCCGCAACAGUGGCCCGGCAACUGCUUGUAGUCAACCACGUGACUCUGAGAUACCCUGGUACAUUUUUACCGCUGAACCUGACGCAAUAUUAGGAUUAGCAAACACGGUAUGUGCACCGUUGCUGAUGAUGGCGCCGUCGCACACGACAUCAACCCACACAACGUACAGCCGAACGCAAUUUACCGAAGUUCGUCAACGUCCAUCUCUCGACCAUUUUUUUUCCCCUUCCUGGCACUGCUACUUUCCCGCCCUCGUGUCUGCCGUCUACAAAUGCAGGAGAAGGGCACCGAUGGCAUUUUCUCCUGGGUCGUCACCGCCGUGGAUGGUCUGUUCAUC